UCAACCAGGGAGUUGAUUCUCCCAAAACAAUGUUAAGUUGAAUGUCCAUUGUUUAUUUUCCAUGUCAUGUAAUCAACUAUAAGAUGAUUGAUGUAUGAUUGUUCCUUUUCUUGCAUGCAAUCUCUUCCUUUUAAGCGUUUAACAAAUUUGUUGACAGCUUCAUUAGAAUUGGAAGGAUCCAACUUAGCAGAAUCUAUAGGUACCAAUCGGGAAAUUUGGUGAUUUGUUCAUCAUUAGAGAAUAGAUGAGGAACGAAUUUUCUGAUUUGGUAGUAGACAAUAUGAAGAAAAGCCGAAAAGUGGAGAAGAAUAAAUUGAAAGUUGAUGAUAUUGAGUUCUUUAAGAGAAGAAAUUAUGUUGUACAAGAGAGCGAUGCUGGUCCUAGUGAAUCAGAAGCAAGUGGAGAUAGAAUGAGUCGGUAUUCCUCGAAGAGUUCAGUCAAGAGUUCAAUCGAAGACGAAUUGCCUGAGCUUGUUGUUUUUCUUCAAGAAACAAACUAUGAAUUUGUGAAAGACAUUUGCAUUGACGAAGCAGUAACUUCACGUGAAAAGUGCUUUGAGGAGAGCUGUCACACAGAAAACGAUCAUGUCCCCUGCAUGCUCAAAUACAAUGCAGGAGAAACUGAUGCUGAAUCAACUGAAGAAUCCAACGAUUCGGAGUCGACAAUUUCAAGUACUGAUUCAACACAGACUCUUGAUAAAAACUUUAACGAAGUUUAUGAGAAGCAAAAGUUUCAUUCUGAUGCAAUAGAUGAAGUUCCUUCUGAGGUUCCUCAUAAGAAAUCUGUGCCAAAAUUAUUUCUUGAUAGAAAGGUUACAGGUAAAAAGGAAGCAUCUUCUACAAACUCGAUUGCAAUAUCAUUGAAUAAGAUACUCGAUGAAAACAAAAACAAAGGCAAAGCAGUUGCCAGAAGCAACAUUGAACAUGGCAGCAUUUGUCGCAACUCCGGUUUAUCACAAAGCACAGUAGAGGGUGGUAGCAGCAAUUGGACGGCAGGUUGUGGUCAUUGUCGUGACUGUACCAUGGCCGAGUACUAUACACCCGAAAAUGAAACGGGAUUAUACAGUAGCCAUUGUUCCUCUGCAGGUGAUCCUAGUUUGAACUCAGUGAGAAGACCCUCAUUGUCGUCUUAUUUGGGCAGUGGAUCUCUUCGGUCGAAUAGCAGCACCAACAGCUCACAUUCUUUUGCUUUUCCAAUUUUGCCAACAGAAUGGAAUGGAAGUCCAGAAAGGAUGGCAAAAGCUGAUCCGUUGCAAACACGAAGGCGGAAACUAUGGAGACUAUGUUUUCCCUGCUGUAAUUUCUGAGCCUCUUGUUGCCCAACCUGUGACACCAGUUUUGCAGUGGUCAGAAGCAUCGUCGAGCAGGGAGGAGGCGGGUUACAGUUAAGGACCACCAUAAGCCACCACCAUGUGCCAAGUCCCAAUCGAAAACGCGAUUGCGGUUGGAACCAUGAAUGUACAAUUCUUAUGUGAGGCCUAUUUAGAAGGAAGACAAUGAAAAUGACUUUACACAAGUCACGUCUCACUUGAUCAUGCAUGCCAAUUCUCUCCAUCUUAGGACCAUUGUGUAGCAGAGUACUUUACAAUCAAAUCUCUAUCCCCACUACCAGCAAACCAACAACCACAGAUAUGGAAGUAACAGUUCUCAGACGUUUAACAUUUUACUGAUUACAAUUUGCUAUCCUAUGUCAACAAGCUCCCAUAUCGAAAAACGGCUCAAAACUUAUCGACCGUUUGUCGGGAGAGAGAGAGAGAGAGAAGAAGAAGAUUGAAACUGAAAUGAUAUGCUAGGACCACAGAAGGGCAUGUGAUAUUUGAGUUAGCUGAGACAAAAGGGGGGGUUUUGGUUAGCAAUGUUAAUCAAAUAGGAAGUGACAGAUGGGCCUUUGGGGGCAGAAGAAGAAAGGGCAAGGCUAAUCAGUGUUUUCAUUAUCAAAUAAAUGAAAAGCUUACAUGUGAGCUGUGAUGCUUCAAUUCACAGCUCAAGGACCCAUCCUUUUCAAAAUUUUAAUUAAAUAUAUUUUUCCUGUUGAAAAAUUGAAUGAAAUAUGUGGAGUAUUGGGAGAGAGAUGUAAGAAAUAAGAAGAAAAGAAAUUCUCUGUGGACAGUACUAUAUGGUUAGGCAGAGUUUUUGACAGAACACAUCUUCCAUCUGUACCACUAACACCACCUGCAUGAAGUUUCCUCUCUCAA